AUGGCCUCACCAAAGCCCAUCGAGAUUGAUGGCAGGACAGGUGAAGGCGGCGGCCAGCUUGUCCGAGUCGCCAUAGCUCUGGCCGCUGUAACCUCACAACCUGUCAAGAUCACCAACGUCCGGGGCAACAGACCUUCCCGUUCAGGCGGCAGAGGCGGUGGUCUGAAAGCGCAGCACGUCACCGCGAUAAGAUGGCUGGCUGAAGCCACCGAGGCCGACGUGGAGGGCCUGGAGGUCGGGAGCAGCACCCUCGUCUUCACCCCACGGAUCCCGCUAGCCGGUGCCUUGGAUGGGAAGAGCAGAUGGAUCAAGAUCGCCGCUGACACGGGCGCUGCCAGCACCUUGCUGAUCCUCCAGGCAAUCCUUCCCUUCCUCCUCUACGCCGCGGACGGCGAGGAUGAGCCGACCCCCGUGGAGCUUGAAAUAACAGGCGGAACAAACGUGGGCAUGUCAUUAAGCUACGAAUACCUCGACCAAGUCCUCCUCCCCAGGCUCCAAGACGUCUUCGGCAUCGCCAUCGAAAGGAAUCUCAAGAAACGCGGCUGGAGUCUUGGACCACAGAGUAGAGGCUCAAUAUGCCUAACAAUCCAUCCCAUCAGGCGGGGCCAGAGACUACAACCACUCAUGCCAUCACCAGAGCACGACUUUGAAGUCCGCCAUGUAGACGUCUCCAUGGUCGUCCCCUCGCACAUGCACUCAGACCUCCAAAACACCCUCACAAAAGACAUCACAGCCCAUGUCCCCACAGCAGAGGUGGCCUUCAAGAUCGUCGAGGACUCGGGCCACGACGCGCGCAUCUACGUGCUGCUCGUCGCCCGCUCCGCCACGGGGCUCCGCUGGGGCCGCGACAUACUCAUGUCCACGCCGAAGAAGGGGAAGCAAAAAGAAAGCGUCGCGUCGCUGGUCUCGCGGAGAGUAGUCAGAGACCUGGCCAAGGAGCUUUCUGUCAAGGGUUCAGUCUGCGACGAGUUCCUUCAUGACCAGCUCGUCAUCUUCCAGGCGCUCGCCGAGGGCCGCACGUCGUUCUCGCGAAGCCCCGUGGCGGAGGACGCCGACGCGGAGACGUUACAGCAGAACGUGGCGGAGCUGGAUCUUGGAGAGAGAAUGAGGCGGGAUAGAACUGAGAAACCUUUCGGGCAGGGAAGCAUGCAUUCGCAGACGGCGAGGUGGGUUGCUUCUGAGAUCCUGCCAGGGUUGAAGUGGUACAACAAAGGCGAGAUAUGCGAAGGUGUUGGAACGAGCUUCAGUUGA